AUUUGUGAAACCUCGUUAGCUCAAAUCAAAGAAAUCAGCAGCAACCAAAAAAAAAAAAAAAAAAAAAAAAGAAAAAAAGAAAAAACAGAGCAAAGCUCAGAGACUAAUAAAUCAGUGAAAUUCCAUGGCUAACGGAGUCACUCACGACCUCUUACAUCUUCUCUGCACGAAAGAAAGGGACUUUCUCAUCCGCAAUAAUGGGGACCAGGUAAAAGUUGCUAGUUUGGUGGGAAAAAUUGUGGGUUUGUAUUUUUCUGGGUCAUGGUUUGAAUCAUGUCGCUAUUUCACUCCAAUGCUAGUGGAACUCUACAAAGAAAUCGCAUCGAAAGGCAAUUUCGAAGUGGUUUUUAUCUCCUCGGAUAAAGAUGAUGAAUCAUUCAAAGACUUCUUCUCUGAAAUGCAAUGGCUUGCCAUUCCAUAUUCUGAUUCGGAUACCCAGAAACGCCUUGGUGAUUUGUUCAAUGUCAAGGUGAUUCCUAGCCUUGUGAUUGUUGAUGAAAAUGGGCACGCUUCGACUGAGCAAGGUACCAAAAUUGUUGCCGAAUAUGGUGUAGAUGGAUAUCCUUUCACCCCGGAAAGGAUGAAAUUCUUGAAAGAGGAAGAAGAGGCAGCUAAGCAGAACCAAUCUUUGAGUUCUGUCUUGGUUUCUAAUUCCACCGAUUAUUUGAUUUCAAAUAAUGGGGAUCGGGUUCUUGUUUCUGAGCUCGAAGGCAAAAUGGUUGGCCUCUAUUUCUCAAUGAAUUCUUUCAGUCCAAGCCUUGAAUUUACUCCAAUGCUUGUGGAGUUUUACAAGAAACUCAAGGAAAAAGGACAUGAUUUUGAGAUUGUCUUAAUUUCUUUAGACCAUGAUGAAGAACAGUUUAAGCAGGGGUUCGAAACAAUGCCAUGGUUGGCAUUGCCGUUCAAUGUCAUGAACAGUCAAAAAAUUGCACGUUACUUUGAUCUUGGAACCCUUCCUACUCUGGUUAUAAUAGGGCAAGAUGGGAAGACUUUGAAGCGAAAUGUGGCUGAACUCAUUGAAGAACAUGGUGUUUUAGCCUAUCCAUUUAGUCCUGAAAAGCUUGUUGAGCUUGCUGAGAUUGAGAAAGCGAAUAUCGAAGCACAGACAUUAGAGUCCCUUUUGGUUUCUGGAGAUAAAGAUUUUGUUAUUGAAAAAAGUGGUUCCAAGGUACCGGUGUCUGAACUUGUUGGAAAGACCAUUUUGCUGUAUUUCUCAGCUCACUGGUGCCCUCCAUGUCAUGCAUUCAUGCCUAAGCUUGUUAAAGUAUAUCAUGACAUUAAGGCAAAAGACAAAGCAUUCGAAGUGAUUUUCAUCUCAAGUGAUCAUGAUCAGUCUGCCUUUGAUGAAUUCUUUUCGAGCAUGCCUUGGUUAGCCCUUCCAUUUGGCGAUAAGAGGAAGAGAUCUCUGCAGCGCAGAUUCAAAACACGAGGCAUUCCUACAGUCAUAGCCAUUGGUCCCUCUGGCAAGACACUGACCACAAACGCCCGAAACAUCAUUGGUGCUCAUGGGGUGGAUGCUUACCCAUUUACCAAAGAGCGAUUGGAGGAAUUGGAGAUAAAGGAGGAUGAAAUGGCUAAAGCUUGGCCUGAGAAAGUGAAGCAUAAGUCCCAUACUGAACAUGAGCUUGUACUUACUCGCCGAAGUGGAUAUGGUUGCGAUGGUUGUGGUGAGCCAGGAUAUCACUGGUCUUUCUAUUGCAUAAAGUGUGACUUUGAUCUUCAUCCAAAGUGUGCUUUGAUGAACAAUGAAGCAACAAAGGAUAAGCCUAAAUCAAAGGAGGGAUAUGUUUGUCAUGGUGAUUUGUGCUGUAAAGUCUGAUAAAGCAUAUAUGUAAAUUAUGCUCUAUGAUUCUUGUUAGGUGUUUAGUUGUUGAAAAAGCUCGUAAAGUUUUGCAUAUCUCGUUGACUUUUUGGGUGAGAUUGCAUAUUUCUGUUAUGCUAGUAUAUCUAACGCGGUGUAUGAGUGCAGUGUGACAGAUAAAAAAUUAAAAAAAAAAAGUGUAUGGUUUUCUGUCAUGGGGGUGAGGACGAAGUGUGAAAUAUUCUGCUAGCCUAUCUUCUUUCUGUUUCUUAUUAUUAACAAAGACAUAGUUUCUUAGAUUUUUCUCCA